AUGGAUGUCGACGAGCUGAUGGCAUCCUUCGCUGCGGUCACGAUGCACGGCUCCAACCGGCCACAGGCCUCCGGCCAGGCGGCGACGGUGGACGAGCUGACGGCGUACUUCAGGGCGAUAACGAUGCACGACGCGGGCGCCACCGCUACCAUCCGGCCACAGGUCUCCGUCCCGGUGGCGCCGGUGGACCAGGACGAGCCUGCGAUGGGCGAGGAGGCGUGCACGCUGCGGGUGCGGCUCCCGGACGGGCGAUUCAUCUGCAAGACCUUCGGCGCCGGGCGUCCGGCGACGGCGCUGUUCCGGUACUGCCACUCGGCGCUUGCCGCCUGCUCCGGCGGGGCAGCCGCGACGCCGCCGUUCCGGCUCUUGAGGCUCGCCGGUGGACAAACCGAUGAGAUACGCCCGGACGAGUCGCCGCUGCGGGACCUCGGGCUGCACCAUUGCACCAUCCACCUGGUCUUCUGGGUUUAG